AUGGCUCAGCCCCACGGCCCCGUGAAGGAAAAGGUGCCCUGGGGUGCAGCGGUCAUCUUCCGCCUUCAAAUGGUAGCUGUUCCAGAAACAACUUCUGCCAACCACCUCUUCGUGAGGUGUAGUGAGUGCCCCACAGCCAGCCCUAAGCGAGCCUUCAUGUGUUUGGGUGGUACCAUCAGGAACCCCAGCAUCAAGCUCACGCCGAAGCCUGGGGAGGAAGGGUGUGAGAGCACAGAGGAAUAUGAUUAUGAUUACCUCAGCAUCAAUAAAACCUGGGUCCUCACCCCCAAGGCACAGGAGACUGAUGCCACACAGAUCCUCAACUCGCUGCUGAAGAACUAUGACAACAAGCUGAGGCCUGACAUUGGCAUCAAGCCCACGUUUAUCGAUGUGGAUAUCUACGUGAACAGCAUCGGGCCGGUGUCUGUCAUCCAAAUGGAAUACACCAUUGAUAUCUUCUUUGCUCAGACGUGGUAUGACAGGCGUCUUCGUUUCAACAGCACCUUGAAGGCCCUCACGCUGAACACCAACAUGGUGAGCCGCAUCUGGAUCCCAGAUACCUUUUUUAGGAACUCCAAGAGGGCCGAUUCCCACUGGAUAACCACUCCUAAUCAGCUCCUCCGCAUCUGGAAUGACGGAAAAGUCCUCUACACGCUCAGGCUGACAAUCGAGGCCGAAUGUCUGCUGCAGCUGCAGAAUUUCCCAAUGGACACUCACUCCUGCCCUUUGGUUUUUUCCAGUUAUGGCUACCCACGUGAAGAGAUUGUCUAUCGCUGGAGACGCUACUCCAUUGAGGUCUCUGACCAGCGCACCUGGAGACUCUACCAGUUUGACUUCACAGGGCUGAGGAACACCUCGGAAGUUCUCAGGACCGGGGCAGGGGAGUACAUGGUGAUGACAGUUUCUUUUGACCUAAGCAGACGUAUGGGUUAUUUUGCCAUUCAGACCUACAUUCCCUGCAUCCUGACUGUUGUUCUUUCCUGGGUUUCCUUCUGGAUCAAGAGAGACUCUACACCAGCCAGGACAUCUCUGGGUAUCACGACUGUGCUAACGAUGACCACCCUGAGCACCAUCUCCCGCAAGCACCUUCCUCGUGUUUCCUACAUCACAGCCAUGGACCUCUUUGUCUCUGUGUGCUUCAUCUUCGUCUUUGCAGCUCUCAUGGAGUACGCUACACUCAACUACCUGGUGGGAAACAAGAAACCACUUGAACACAACAACAGGAAAGCCAGGCUGCCACCUGCCAGUGCACAGGUGAUGCCAUCCUUUACCACCAUCAACAUCAACAACAUCAUGCACUGGCCCCCAGAGAUAGAGGAGGAUGAGGAUGAAGACCCUGGCUCGCCGUGCCUGGAAGGAAAAGAAUGCGAGAGGUUCUUCUGCUGCAUUGAGGACUGUCAGACAGGAAUGUGGCGGGAGGGGAGAGUCCGCAUUCACAUCUCCCGCCUGGACUCCUACUCUCGUGUCUUCUUCCCCACUGCCUUCCUGCUCUUCAACAUCGUCUACUGGAUUGCCUAUCUCUAUCUCUAGCCGUUCUUCGUCCUCAGCUGGAAUGGACUGGAGACCAGCAGGAUGGGCUUCUCAAGGAGCGUAGAGAACAGCAUCUCUUCCAUUGUACUCGAUUGUUGGUCUGAACAAUCCAACCUGAUGAUUCCCUCUUCCUGCUCUCUCAUCUCUUCUGAGAAGAACCAGACAGCUUUUUUUUAGCCUUCUAACAUAUCUUUUUAGAGACUCUACCCUUCCCAAACAACCCCCUUCCAGCACCACCAGCAUUUUACUCCUUGUAAGAUCGCCCCCAAAUGUCCUGUUCCCAUCUCAAACAUUAGGGAUUUUGUCAAAAACAAAACCAAAAACUUUCAUUUUUCCAUCCAGUCCUACUCCAAAAUUCAUGGGAAGUGAUGGCAAAUGGAGUUUUCUGCAGUUAUUAAGACUGCAAAGGAAAUAAAGUAGAUCUUACGACUUCUGCACCACUUCUACCAGAACAGACUUUGUGGAGUGCUAGGGGCUUGGAAAGGUCAGAAGUGAAAAAGAGUGAAAGAGGGGAGCAGUACAGCUUUCCCACAGUAACUGGGCUUGCUAAAAAUGUUUUGAACCUGCCCAGAAAGCUGACAGUGGCACUGACACGGAUGGAGUAGCUGCAAGCCUCCACCAGCUCCCCACAGAAUUAUCCGUGGAACAUUCCUCGUGGGUCACUCCACUUGUUGUACCCAGUGGCACCCAAAGCACCCACCCACUGAGGCGCUGCUGAUUGUCAUCAGACAGUGGUGAAAAGCACUUCAAAAGUCUGAAGGGCCCAUCUGCCUCACUGGAGCAGACUGCAGGGCCCACGGUGACAUUCUGCUUUGUGAUCAGGAUCUGAGCAGGCCACGCAGCUUACGUUGGGCAUGGCCAAAGACAGAGAAAGUCCUUAUGCUAGAGGUAGUCUCAUGAGCCUGUUGUUGUAGCUUUCUUUGGCCUGUCUUGUGUGAGCUGGGUCGUAUUGUACCACACACCAUAGCAGGGCAGUGCUCUCCUUCACGAUGCUCGUUGAAACCAUCAGGUCUGUGCUUGGUAGUAGGUGCUAAGCUGAGAAAGUGGUACUAGAAAAGGGAACAUGAUCAGCUACCAGUGCUGCACCUAGCACUGGUGGGGAGAGAGCAUUCCAGCAGCCCAAAUGUAUUCCCUUACUUUUUUUUUUUUUUUUUUUAAUAAUUACAUAAAAAAACCAGACUUCACUAAAGCUGUAUGGCUCCUCCCAGUUGCCACCAAUACUUGGCCCUUUUUCUUCCCCUAAUCAGGAAAUGGAGCAAGUCAUCCUUGGUAGAUUUCACAAAGGUCAGAGGUAGUGAGAUAGUUCCUUACUGUCCACCUUAAAGGGCUACAGAAAUGCAUAAUACUGUCUCAACUGGGAAGAAACUGCAUCAUGUAGAAGAGGAAACUCAGGCCCAAGGUCCAUAAUGUAUAAAUCAGCUGCCUCCCCAUUUAUACCAACUGCUGAUGUGGCCCAGAGCAUGUUUGUUAAAUGCAGUGCGCCAUUAAUAGUUACUUACUGUGUAAAUUACAAACACACACGGAAAAAAAUCUUUUUAAAACCAGCAUGUUUUAGAAACAAUUAGUACUUAAAAGGCUUGCCAGGAGAAGAAAGCUGGCAUGGCUGCAGAGAAAAGGUUAGGAACGGCUGGCUCACAGGACAGCUAACAGGGGCUGGAGGUUUUACAUAUUCUUAGAGAGCAAUUUGAUCUGGUUUAAAGAUGGAUUUUGACACUGUUAAAUCUGAUCUGAAUAAUGAAGUGUCAUGUUUAAUUCAUUCAUAAAUACAGCCUUACCUUGGUUCCAGAGGAACAGCUAGAGCGCCUAAUUAAGUAUACAAUAGUACAACACUCAGCUAAGUAUAACCUAAUAGGGUCAGACCAGCAUUGCUCUGGAAGGGGAAAUUGUGCCUGUCUAACCUGUUACAGUUCUUCUUUUAAAAUACCAAGUAAGAGAUAAAGGUUACCCAGAAGCAUAAUUUGCUUAGCUACUGCGACAGCUUUUGAAAGGAUGGAAAGAAAUUAUGGCGGGUGGUUCUAACUGAGGAAAUUGAUUUAGCAAAAGAAUUAUUAAGGAGGUUCUAAUUAGAGAAAAUUAACUGAGGAGAGGGGGAAAAAGAAUUGUUAAGGAGGCUCUAAUUAGAGGAAAUUAAUGUUUUAGAGAGAAAGACACAGAGAGGGAGAAGUCUAAGAAAAGAAUCAAAACAACUUCCAGACAAGGAGAGCUGCUGGGUGACAGUGCCAACUCCCAGCCAAGCGGGUUGAUGUUCUGCUCCUGAUAGCAAAGUGCUAUUAGACGUAGCAACAGAAAAACCUCCUAUGACUCAACCCUCCACCGCCAGGGAGCUGGAUUAAACAGGGUCCUCUGAUCUCUGUGGAGAGCCAAAAAGAAAGAGCACCCCAGAUUAGAACUGACUGACGCGACAGGCUCUGAGUGAAGUGUGUCCUCACGUGUCAAAAGGCAGCUGCUAGCAUGUCCAUGGGAGGGGACACGCUGGUGGCAAGUCGUGCCAAAAUAUGCUCAUUAGCAGUUUGGUGGCAUAAAAGGUGCGCAGGCAAUGCAGGCUGCAGCGAAACGUAGAAGGGGAGCAACUAAGAAAGGGAUGGCAGAAGGGAAAAUUUCACAGCCAUGUGCCAAGGAGUCCACACAUCUGCAAUUCACUGCAGCUUCGGAGCACUUGGGAGCCUUGAUGGACACCCAUGAUGGCCAUGGCCACUGGAGUACAGCCCUGAGAGCAGCAGCUUGUCGAAAUUAGACCUUUUGAUAGAAUCAGCCAGGAGAGAAGCAGGAUGUACAAGAGUCCUAAGAGGAUGACAGGGACUUGGGCAAAGCAGACUUGAAAGAUUAUAAGAUUUCACCAAAAAAAGAUGAAGCCAACACACACCUAGGUAAUUUAACCAAUGAUGGAGGAUUUGACAGAGGAAAAUAGCCUAGCGUGGGCUGGAACACAAGGAAGCUGAUUACUAAGGCUGGGGAAGGAGGAGGGAGGGGGCUUUUUGGCUUAGGGAAAUCUGUGCCCAUCAUAAAUAGCUCAAUAAAUAAAGGCAUGCACAAAUUCAAUCAUGUUUUUAAGUUUCUACAGUAUCUCAAAAAAGGAAAGCUAAGAAAAGACAGAAAGAAAAAUCCACCAUUUUUUGGAAUUACUUUGUAAAGCUCCAGUUUCUUGAAAAAAAAAAGGUUUUCCUGCUGUCAGCAGGGAAUCCAGGACACAGACAUCCAGUAGCUGUGUGUGGCCCCACUCAGCAAAGCAGUGGGAGCUGAGCCCCACUGGUCCCUUCCUACACCCCCCUUCCCUCACCCCCUCCCUCCUCUUCCCCAGGACGAGUAAAUCACCUUCAUGCCCCCUGCACCUACAGAGGACCUCUGCCAGAUAGCUACGACAUGACCAGUUUCCUUGCUGGUGGCCCAAGAGUGCCUGGUGCUGGCUAUCAUAGCUGAUCCUGUAGCAGAAAACCACACAUCCCAAGCUGGUGAACUUCACCAUGAAUGUGGUCAGUGCCACAUCUUGCUGGACAAGACAAGCAUCUCUGCAACUUCCAGGAUGAAGUGGAGAGUGAACUCAUCUGCCACAUCUGCCUUUAGGCUCUGCUGCAACCUGUGGACACCCCCUGUGGACAGAUGUACUGUUUCAAAUGACUUGAAAACUUCAUGCAGGAGUAUAAUUUUGUCCUGUGGAUUGGAAAAUGCUCUCCUUCCACCAGUGCCACAAGUCCAGACUUCUAGUAUGAAACCUGUUGGAUAAAUUGAUUGUCUUCUGUCCUUUUAAGGCAGAGUGUCAGCAGAGAAUGCAGCAGUGUGAACUAGAAGCUUGUCUGCAGAACCGAUGUCUUGGUUUCAAGAAAAACAAAUCUGAACUACAGCAGAAAAAGAAUCCCAUUCCCAAAGGGGAAGGAACAUCCCCCUACCAAGGUGGAGACAAACAUACCCAAGGGUCCAGAGAUACCAAGUGGAGGAUGGUCACUUGUGGCAGAAAGCUCUACAGCUGUGUACAACUACCUGAAAGGAGGCUGUAGUGAGGUGGGUGUCAGGUUCUUUUCCCCAAGUAACAAGUGACAGGACAAGAAGAAAUGGUCUCAAGUUGCACCAGGGGAGGUUUAGAUUGAAUAUUGGGAAAAAUUUCUUCACAGAGAAGAUUGUCGAGUAUUGGAACAGGCUGCCCAAGGAAGUGGUUGGGUCACCAUCCCUGGAGGUAUUUAAAAGAUAUUUAUACGUGGUGGUGAGGGACAUGGUUUAGUGGUGGACUUAGGUUAAUGGUGGGACUCAAAGACCUUAAAGGUCUUUUCCAACCAAAAUGGUUCUAUCAUUCUAUAAUUCUAACAUCUGGCUAAUGAUGGGGACUAGAAAUGGUCAUCUCAGCAUUUAAGUUUUAUGGCUUCUGUUUAGAAGAUGAGAGGAAGUCAGGAAAAAGGUUGAUUUCUCAUUUCUCUGUCUCCAAUUCCUAUCCUUCCCCUCCAAAUUAUGCCAUGUAAGGGACCAUUUUUAGACUGUAUGCUCUUCAAGGCAGGGACUCUCUUAUUGUGUGUUUGUACAAGGACUGGCACACUAGGGCUUGAUCCUUAACUGCGAUUUCUGGAUGCUACUUAUUAUAGAUAAUAAACAACAAUAUGGACUACC